AUGUCAGGUGCACAUGGCUCAAAGCGCAAGGGCAAAGCUGCCAUCCCCAAGCCAGCUAGGGGAUCAGGCCUGAAUCCAUCUGGUUUGCCAGCUGCUGAUCAACUAAAUCUUGAUGCAGAACAACCCCAAAUGGUGCCAUUCAACUUUGAUCCAUAUGGACAAUCUGUAGGAGGGUGGCAAGACACACAGCAACAGCUUUAUGGGAAUGCUGAAGGCCCGUCGUUUUGUCACAUGCAGGGCCAAGCACCCACACAAGGGCAGUUGCCAUAUGACCACACCCAAGGCUCAUUACCUUAUGGAGACGGAGAGGGUUCAAUGUCAUAUGGAGCGGGUCCAUCGUUGUUUGUUCACACACAGGGUUUGUCUUAUCAAGAUGGAGAGGGCACUUUGUAUGGAGAUGGAGAGGGUUCAGUGUCAUAUCGAACAGGCCCGUCGUCGUUCAGUCACGCACAGGGUUCAUCUUGUCGAGACAGUCAGAACAUAUCAGGUGAAGAAGGUUACGACUUCUACAACUACUUCAAGGACAUCUCAUUUGACUCAGGUCCAUCAUUUCCCAAUUUCCCUCCUGAUCACCCUGGACAAACGGUACCUGUGCCUCAGUGGAUUGAAGAGGCACCAGACGGAGGUACCAGUAUCACAGAUUGA